AUGGGAACCAGCAUUGAGAACCCUAAUUUAUCAAGUUUACAGAUCACAAGUAUGAAACUUAAUGAAUAUAACUUCAGAGAGUGGUCUAUUUCAGCUAGACUUUUCAUCACUGGAAGAGGCCUACUGGGUUAUAUUGAUGGUAAGGCUAAAGAACCUAGUGAGGAAGAUCCAGAAUACAAGAAUUGGUGUCAAGAAAAUGCAAUGGUGAUGUUGUGGCUGUUAUCCUCCAUGACCCCAAAGAUUGCAAGGACAGUUCAGCGUUUUCCCACUGCUGCCAAAAUCUGGGAAAAGAUCUCGAACACCUAUGGACAACGGAAUAACAAUAUGAGGCUCUAUAGGUUGCAUCAGGACCUGGCAGCCCUGAGACAGGGGGAUAUGUCAGUAGCCACAUAUUUUGCUACAUUGGAAGGACUAUGGGAAGGGCUUGACUACCAUCAAAUUACCGUCAAGCUGGUUGAACAAGGAAGAAUAUUCAAAUUUCUUGCUGGAUUGGACCCCAUAUAUGAAGGUAUAGGGUCUCAAAUUUUGGGAAGAAAUGAGCUUCCUGAUCUCCAGCAUGUCUACUAUCUUAUUAAAAAUGAAGAGAUGAGAAUAAAGGAAAUGCAAAUGGAAACACCUAUUUAG